UUCCGUUACUCCGUGACAGAGCUAGCGAAGUAAAUAUUAGCAAGAUAGCCAACUAGUUGACCGUAGAAAGUCUGCAUAAUAUUAACCCCGCCACUACCUGCGAGCAGUUUGCUUUGUACCCAUUUUGGUUUAAGACGAGAAACGACCUCACUGUUAAAUGUGAUCGUCGGUAUGUCUUCCUUCUUUGUUCGACUUAAGUGCCUGUCCCAACAUGACUGGGCUGUGUUUGAGAAGGAAAGUCCCCGACCGUGCUGAUUUCUGAAGUGGGACGCAAAUUGGUUUCCAUGGAGACUGUGAGGACGCAUUGAUUGGUGUUGUCGCGCAGAACUGAAGGGGGAGGCACCGGAGGACGUAUCGCUCUCUCCGGCGUCAGAGACGGCGAUGGUAGAGAGAUGCCAUUUCACAACAGCGUGUAUUACCCCUACCAGUCGGAACCUCCUGGGGGGCAGUCGUCGGCAGGCAUUCCCUCGCUGCUGAACUCCCCCCAGAGCCAGCGUUCCUCCAGCAGCGGGCUGGCCCCCGGGGCGUCGGCCAUGUCGGGGGCGCCCCCCGUGCCCGUCUUCAAGUUCCGGCCGCGGCGCGAGAGCGUGGACUGGCGGCGGAUCAGUGCGGUGGACGUGGACCGCGUGGCCAGCGAGCUGGACUUCCAGACCCUGCAGGAACACGUGAUGGGCGUGACCUUCUGCAGCGUGGAGCACGAGCGCUGCCCCCACUGCCAGAACCCCGUGGACCCCGUGCUCCUCAAGCUCUUCCGCCUGGCCCAGCUUACCGUGGAGUACCUGCUGCACUCCCAGGACUACCUGACCCACAGCCUGCAGGCCGCCGAGGAGAAGCUGCAGGCCGCUGCGCUGGAGAAGGAGCAGCUCCACGCGCAGCUGCAGAAGCAGGUGCAGGACACCAAGGGCCUGAAGGACGAGCUGAAGCAGAGGAAGAAGAUCAUCGUCUCCCAGCAGUCCAUGAUCAACGCCGGCAUGGGCGGCUACCACAAGUGCCAGUGCUGUGACAAGGCCUUCAUGAACAGCUCCUUUCUGCAGAGCCACAUGCAGCGCCGCCACCCUGAGGAGUAUGACAUCAGGCUGAUGUCUGAGAAGCAGAGGAAGGUGCAGGCGGUGAAACUGCAGGAGGAGAUUAACAAGCUGAAGGAGCAGUUAAGUCUGACCAGGUCCCAGCUGGAGGUGCAGCAGCAGGCCCACACGCUGAAGGCAUCUCAGGAGCAGGAGCAGCAGUCCAAGGAGGAGGACAUGCUGAAGCGCCUGGAGAGGUGGAAGGAGGAAGAGAGGGAGCGACAGAGCCGUCAGAUGGAGGAGAUGAGAGAGAUAUUCCUGAAGGAAUCCAAGGAACUCAAGACCGAGUUGCAGCAGUAUAAAUCACAAGUCAAUCUCCUCUCUGAGAUGGAAGAGAGCAGCCGGAAGAUGAGGUCUCUGCAGGAGGAGAAGCUGCAGGCCAGCAGCGAGGAGCGGCACCGCGACGACGUGCGCAAGCUCCAGCUGCUGCUCAAAAAACAGGACGAGAAGUGGGCGUCACGGUUACAGAAGUCCCAGGAAGAGCACGAGAGAGAAAGGAGCAAGCUCCAGGGGGACCUGCGCCGGCUGCGGGGCGUGACGGAGGAGCAGGAGGCCAGCAGGAGGCGCCUGGAGGAGAUGAGCUGGAAGCUGCAGGAGCAGAGGGAGCUGCUCGCCUCUCAGAGGGAGCAGAUGAGUCAGUUCACCUCGAAUCUACCGGUCCGUGUGGCUGAGCCUACAGUCAUUGUUACAGCUCCAGAGCCUAAACCAAAGCCACCAGUCACUGUCCAAAUAGAGCAGCCUAAGUCAGUGGGUAAGCUGGACCCUAUUACGGAGCUGUCAGAGGAGGAGAAAGACUCCUCCAGCAUUUCGGAAAAGAAGACGGCGGUGAAGAAGCAGCCCCCUAUCAGCGCCUUAAAGAAGAACCCCAAUCUGAAGAGGGAACUGCGCUCGGCCCUGGAGCAGACUCUCACGGAGAAGCUGGAGUCUCUCGGCGUCAAGGAGGGAGUGAGCAGGCUCACUAAGGACGAGCACGUCGCCGUGCUGGCCAAGCUGCGCUCCGAGAGGGAGAGGAGGGCCAAGAUGUUUCCGGAGUACCGGAGCCUUCGGGAGGACCUGUCCCACAGCCUGACGCUUAGGGCCAGAGAGAGGGACAGGGAGAGCAGCAGCGCCCCAGAGCAGCCUGGCCCACCCAGACGCUCCCCAGACGAAGGGGCUCAGGUGAGGAGCAGGUCCAGCAGUCUCCCCUCCCGGGUUACGCAGGUGGUGUCCAAACCGGGCCCCUCCUGGCCCCAACAGCCCCCUCAGCAGCCCCCCCAGCCCGCCCCCAGGAGCAAGAACAGCACCCUGCCCAAGAGCUCCACCCCCAGAACUGCAGAAGUCAGCUCGGACGAGGAGUCUGAGGAGGAGGAGGGGCCCUCACUGAGGCGGGGGGGGCCCCAGGGCCACAGUGCGGAAGCAAAGGACGCAGCCCAGAGCGUCAUGGCGACCGCGGCGUCGGCGGAGAGCGACAGCGAGUGGUCGGAGGGCAGUGUCAUGGAGGAGAUCGACCUGCGGCAGCUGCAGCGCUACGGAGGGCAGAACGGCAUCAUGGGAAAAGCCUCCCAAGGUAACCUAGUGAAGGACCUGAGCCGCAGUCUGGAGAGGCAGCUGCAGGACCGGAGCCAGCGGCGGCCGGCCGGGGGCGUAGGCCUGCUGCCAGGCAACAAGGAGGCGGCAGUGAGGGAGGCGGUGCAGGAGCUGAAGUACACAGAAAUAGACGAGGAUGACGAUGAUGACUGGGAUAUCUCCUCUCUGGAGGACAAGCCGUCGCUGCCCAAACAGGACAGUGUGGUCAUGGUCAAAAAGAGCCUGGAUUCGUCCAACACCAGCGUCUGGGGCACUUCCACAGGGAAAGGACAGGAAGGAGGUCUACAGAAAGGAGGCACCAGCAGCACUCUGAAGAGCAGUCUGGUGACGGUCAGUGACUGGAGCGAUGAUGACAUAUAACACACACACACACACACACACAGCAUAUAAACAGCAUAUCAACAGCACAUCAACAGACUGUCUGUAGGAUUACUGUGUCCUUGUACCAAUGACAAACGUUACCAAUAAAGCAGAACACUGUCAGCAAGUGUGGAGGCUAAUGUACUGUACAUUUAAUCUUUGUGCCUAUUCUAGUGCCCACUGCCAGUGGUGCUGUAGUGGGAGGGGAGCUUAUAUUAUCACCCCUGCCCGUCUGUCUGGCCAUUUAAAUCAGGACACCUGAAAUAGCACUAAUGGAUUUGGUUGUGGGACAGGGUGUAGAAGUUAAGGGCAGAUAUGACCAGCAUUCCGGCCUGCCGAGACCCUACUGCCUUAUGGUGGUUCACGUGUUGAAGAUUUUAUCACAGCAAUAAUGGAAGGUUCUAGAUGCCUUGUUUUUGUAAACUGGCUCCCAGUGAAGGCGAGAGAAAAUGACGGCACCAAGUCUUCUAAUGGUUUGGGUUUUAAUCAGACCCAUUUUGGGACCUCAUGCGCUCCUUUAGAGUCCCACUUCCUUUGACACUGCUGCCUCCGAUGACUGAAGACAUCCUCUUGCUUAACUCUGUAAGCAAAUAUGUCCAGUGUACAGUUUCAUAUGUAGUGUAUUUUCAUGAGUUUGCUCAAAAUUCACGGAGUAAUUGUGGACUGAGGAAGAAGCAGUAGUAUCAGUGGUUUGGGUUGGACAGUAAUCUCAGUAAUUUUGUCUUCAGCGCUGAUGUUAUUGGCUGGGUUGAUGCGCUACACACUAGCUAGCAAUAAAUAGCCUCUCAGUCCAGGAGCUAAAACCAGGUUUUAUUCAACCAGGAGUGAAGGGAUUGUGCUCUGACUGCAUUAGCCAAGCUCAUUCAAGAUCUGUUCAUUUCGUCUUUGCUGUGUCCUUAUUCUGUCCUUAUUCUGUCUUCUGUUAUGAAUUUGUUGACGUUGAUGUAAAUGAAUGAAUGCCCAUAACUUAAACAUUAACACAAGCGCAUAACCGAUAUGAAAGUGUAUUCUCAACUCUAGUAUGUACAUGUGUACUUGGAAACUGAGCGUACUUUGUGGAUUAGUAAUACCGCUCACUCAAGCAGUGUGGAUUUGCGCUAGCUUGUGUUUGUGUUAUUAUAGCGCCCAAUAUUUUUUGAGGUUUUAAAACUACCUCACACAUUUUAGUAUCAUGUACACAAUAUGAUUAACCAUUGGAGACUCAACAAAUGUACUUUUCAUAUUUCUGUGUGGUAGUCUUUAGUGAGUGUGAGUGUAGCAGUCACAAAAACGCAUAAUUGAGGUAAUAAUGGUAUGUUGCUUACAUAUGAUCCUUAUAUGUGAUGUUUUUCAUGCAAUACAGGAUGUGUUAUGUUGACUUGUGUGCCAGAAAGUGUACUUUAAAAGUAUUCUGUCAUAUAUUUGUACUUUUAAUUUUAUAAAGCAGUUUACAAAGCCAUGAAGCAUUUUAUAUGUAUAUAAACAAGCAUUUAUUCAUAUGUACAGGUAGAUGAAUAUUUACACAAUAAAAAUAUUUUCCAAGAAACCAAA